AUGACAUAUAAUAAGAUAAAUGGAGAUUGGGUUAAUGUUAAUGUUCACGUUCAGGUUAAUGUUAAUGCUCACGUUGAUGUAAAUGUUAAUCUUGAUGUUCACGUUGAUGUUGAUUAUGUUGCUGCUGAUGUUAAUGUUAAUCUUGAUGUUCACGUUGAUGUUGAUGUUAAUGUUAACCUCAAUUUUGAUGCUCACAUUGAUGUUGGUGUUAACGUUAAUGUUAAACUCAAUGUUAAUGUUAAUUUUGAUGUUCACGUUGAUGUUGAUUAUGUUGCUGCUGAUGUUAAUGUUAAUCUUGAUGUUCACGUUGAUGUUGAUGUUAAUGCUAACCUCAAUUUUGAUGCUCACAUUGAUGUUAGUGUUAACGUUAAUGUUAAACUUAAUGUUAAUGUUACUUUUGAUGUUCACGUUGAUGUUGAUUAUGUUGCUGCUGAUGUAAAUGUUCAUCUUGAUGUUCACGUUGAUGUUGAUGUUAAUGUAAACCUCAAUUUUGAUGCUCACAUUGAUGUUGGUGUUAACGUUAAUGUUAAACUCAAUGUUAAUGUUAAUUUUGAUGUUCACGUUGUUGUUGAUUAUGUUGCAGCUGAUGUUAAUGUUAAUCUUGAUGUUCACAUUAAUACUCACGUUGAUGUUGCUGUUAAUGUUAAUGUUAAUGUUAAUGUUGAUGUUGAUGUUGGUGUUGAUGUUGGUGUUGGUGUUGGUGUUGGUGUUGGUGUUGGUGUUGGUGUUGGUGUUGGUGUCGAUGUCGAUGUCGAUGUUGAUGUUUACGUUGACGUUUACGUUGAUAUUGAUAUUAAUGUUAAUGGUGCUGUUGCUGCUGCUUCUGAUGUUAAUAUUAAUGUUCACAUUGAUGUUGAUAUUAAUGUUAAGAUUGAUGAUGCUACUGCUGUUGCUAUUCCUCCGAAUUUUUACGAAUUUUUGGACUCCUUCCGACAGGAAUAUCGCAUUAAGGAAAUAAUCAUCUUAUCGAGUUUUACAUUUUUUCCGGGAACUUUCGCAUCUCGCGUUGUUCUCCAAGAAUAUUCGCAGCUUAAUUAA